AUGAGUGAACAACGUGGGGAGGCAAAGGCGAAGAAUAAGGAGUACGCACAGAUCCAAAUAACAGCCGAACAACUCAUUAGAGAAGCACAAGACAACAAACAAAUCUCAUACAAAGCGCCCAAAAUCACAAUACAUGAUGAAGAGGAGUUGAUGUCAUUUCGAUUGAGCAAGAGAAAGGAGUACGAAGCACUUGUAUCGAGUCAGCGAAAGAAUCCAAGGAGUUGGAUCAAGUACGCGUCGUGGGAAGAAGACCAAGGAGAGUACACCCGAGCGCGGUCGAUCUAUGAAAGAGCAUUAGAACAGGACUACACUAAAGGAGAGCUUUGGAGUAAAUACGCCGACUUCGAGUUACGCAUUAGUCAAGUCAAUCGCGCAAGAAACGUUUUGGAACGCGCCACGUACUUACUUCCGAUGGUCUACAAUUUGUGGUACAAAUAUGUGAAACUUGAGGAGACGGUUGGUAACUAUGGCCACUGCGAGGAGAUUUUUGAGAAGUGGAUGACCUUUGAUCCGAAUGAGUAUGCGUGGAUGUCUUAUAUCAAAUACUUAAUUCGCCUCAAAGAAGUCGAGAAAGCGCGCAAGCUGUUUGUUCGAGCGACGGAGAAAUGUAAGACUGAGACAAUUUAUGUUGAGUGGAUUCAAUUUGAGAAACGAUUUGGUGGUGAUGAGAGAACGCGUGGUGUGUUUGAGGAGAUGGGGAAACACGAGGAAUUGUGUGAGAAUGGGUUUUAUGAAGAGUUUGCGAAUUUUGAAGUGUCUGUAGGGGAGCUUGAAAGAGCACGAGAGAUCUUGAAGUAUGGUAUUGACCACGUUGGGAAGCUGUCUGCUGCCCUUUUAUAUGAGAAGUAUGUUGAUUUUGAGAAGGCGAAUGGAGAGAUGGAAGAGGUCGACUUUGCUGUGUAUGCGAUGAAGAGGUUUACAUAUGAAACGGAGGUGCAAACGAGUCGCGAGAAUUACAAUUACUGGUUCGACUAUAUCAUGAUGGAGAUGAACGAAAUCAAAAGUGAGGAGAACACGAGAGAGUUGUUUGAACGAGUGAUUAGUACUGUUCCACAAAAGUGUGAGAAAAGUGCGUGGACCCGAUACAUUGAGUUUUGGGUGUUGUAUGCGCGAUUUGAAGAGAAGCACAACAACAUCGAGAGAGCACAACACAUCUUUGAAAUUGCGCUGAAACUGAUUCCACACGCACAAUUCACAUUCAAAAAGGUCUGGGUCGCUUUUGCGGAGUUUUGUGUACGCAACCACUUCAUCUCAUUGGCACGAAAAGCUUUUGGGUGUGCGAUUGGGUAUACUCAAAAGGACGAUGUCUUUGAGAAAUACAUUGCAUUUGAGAAAGAUAACAAUGAAGAUGACCGGGUGAAAAGGAUCGAAGAGAAAUGGGACGAAGUAAAGAAGACACGCGAAGAAGAAUUAAAGAAGAUGGAAGAGGAAAAUGUGAAUACUAAAGAGGAAGGCGAAGAUGUGAGAGAUGCAAGUGAAGGGAAUGUCCAGGAGAAUUUGCCGCAGAGUGAAGAGUUCGAUGAGUUUUAUAACAACGUUGAUGAGCGGGAAUGA